AUGCUCCUCUGGACGCUCCUCACGCUCGCCGCCGGCGUGGCCGCCACCCGCGUACACCCCGGCCACCGCCGCGACAAGUGCCUUGACGUAGUGGGGACGAGCGAGGCCUCGGAGGUCCACAUCAGCAUGCUCGUGACAUUCAACGAUUGCGCGGAUACGUCGACGCAGAAAUGGGAAGUGUGGCGGGGCACGACGUUCAUCCGGCUGAGCGGCACCGAGUGGUGCGUCGACGUCGGCACGCACCGCCGCGGGCCCACGCCGGGCUGGAACCCGAGCAACGGCGAGGGCGCCAAGCUCUACCCGUGUGGCCAGAUCAUCCGCGAGGCCGGAAAGACGUUUGAGUUCCGACGCAACAAGUUCUCCGUAAGGGAGAAGGCCCUCGGCGACUUCUGCCUCGACCUGCGCGACGGUAACCUCGGCCCUGACAACCGGCUCCAGAUGUGGCAGUGCUUCAAGCACAACCCGAACCAGGUGUUCUCGAUCUCGUAG